AGGAGCGCGGCGAUUGGCGACGCACGGAUGGCAGGGACGUGCCCUGCUGGCUAUAUGAGCUCCGCGGAGGCGCCUCCUCGGCCUUUUUCCGCCUCGUUCUUCGCUCGCGCCGGGGGCUGCCGCCACUAGCGCUCUUCCACCCGACCUGCCGCCGCCGCCCGCCCGCCGCCUCAGCCAUGAUCAUCUACCGCGACUGCAUCAGCCAAGAUGAGAUGUUCUCAGAUAUCUACAAAAUCACAGAAGUUGCCAAUGGCCUCUGCCUGGAAGUGGAAGGCAAGAUGGUCAGCAGGAAAGAGGGUGAAAUUGACGAAGCCCUGAUUGGGGGAAACGCAUCCGCUGAAGGCCCCGAAGGGGACUGCACAGAGGCCACCGUCAUCACCGGGGUCGACAUUGUCAUGAAUCACCACCUCCAGGAAACCUCUUUCACCAAGGAGUCUUACAAGAAAUACAUCAAGGACUACAUGAAGUCAAUCAAAGCCAGACUUGAGGAAACGAAGCCAGAGAGAGUAAAGCCUUUUAUGACAGGGGCAGCUGAACAAGUAAAGCACAUUCUUGGAAACUUCAAAAAUUAUCAGUUUUUUGUAGGCGAGAAUAUGAAUCCAGACGGCAUGGUGGGGCUACUGGACUUCCGCGAAGAUGGCGUGACCCCCUAUAUGAUUUUCUUUAAGGAUGGAUUAGAGAUGGAAAAAUGCUAACAAGAAUUCAAAACCAUUCCGAAUCAUUUUUGUCAUCAUAAUUGGCUGCUGCUCUUUAUUCAUCGACACAAAACAUCAUGACUCAACAUAUGUCUGGAAAAAAACAAAAACAAAAAAACUGGACUGAUUGAUAUCACUUUGAGCUUUAAUUUGAUUUAUUUUGACACCCCCCCCCUGAAUUAAUUGAAGUGUGGAGAGGCAUUGUUGUUGUUUUUUUAAAGAAAAA